UCAAAUUUCUGAAUAUAAUAUCAAAGAUUAUAUAAAUGAUCAUGAAGCAAGUCUAAAAGGCUUAAUUGACCAUUUUGAUCAAUUUGUAGAAUGCCUUCAAGAUCAUACUAUAAGUACAAAUUAUCUUUCUACUGUGCAACAAUUUGGUAAAAUAACUGGUAUACCUUAUGUUAAGUGUAAUAUAGAAGAAAAUACUAGAAAUAUUAUUUUGCGUAUUAUCUACAAAUGCUAUCGUUCAGGAACUUACCAAACUAUAGCAGGCCAAAGUUAUUCUGAUAAAAAGCCAAGGUUUAGCCAAAAAGAAAGCAAAAAAUGCACUGAUAGUGAUAUUGGCACCUUGAGACUUUCAAAAGAAAUCAGUAAUUGGAUCGCUAAACAUAUUUGGAAUGGAUUAAAUAUUAAAGGAAUUGUUCAGCUCUUUAAAAAACAUACACAUGAUUUAGAAGAUAUAUGGAAAAAAAGAAAUCAAAAUAAUGCAAUUCAAAUUCGAGAUAACUUUGUUACAUAUGAUGAUAUAUACAAUAUAUGGAAAGAGAUAAUAUUAGAAUCUCAAAUGAAAUACAAAUCUGAAGAACAGAGUAUAGAAUUAUGGAGAAUUGAACUAGAGCAAAAAAAUGAUCUCACUUGUGCAAUUCCACUAUCAAAAGAAAACAAUGAAUAUAGUAUAGAUAAGCUUUUUGGUUUUAUAGUCUCAACUGGAAAAAAAAUUAUUUGUAAAGCUCCAAUUAUUCUUCUUGAUGCUACUUAUGGAACUAAUAA